AGUGCCAUCUCGGUUCGGAACUUUCGGAGGAGCAUACGAUAAAGUUCGACACGCCAGAGCAUGAAGCGUGGCUCUUGGGAGCUUCCAGCCCAGGCCGGUGGAGCAGCGAGCGCUGGCGGGAAUGGUGGCGGAAGAGAUGCCAAGGUGGCGAAGACGGGGACGCUGGGCGCGGCCCUCCAGCUAGAUCCGAAGAAGGGGGGAGCCGGCACCACUCUCCAGCUGGUGCUCAAGCUGCUGGAGCAGCUGGAAGCUCGCGUCCGCGAGCUCGAGAACGUCGUCUUCGACACGCUGGCCAUGUCGAAGACCAGCCCCAUCGUGGAGCAGGGCCAGAGCGUGCUCAAGCAGUACGCGGCGGCAGUCAAGGGCGACCCGAAUCACAAGCGCGGCCCCCCGCACCUGCACGUGGGCAUGGGCAUGCUCGCGGUACUGGCCGCAGAGGCAUUGCAGUCCAAGGACGCGGCGCAGCGCGCGCGGGGGCUCGCCUUGCAUGCGCUGGUCGUGGCGGCCAAAACCCAGCAGCUCGAGGCCGUGACGGCAUGGCUCCGGAGCUUCAGAAUAGCCGACAUGCACCACCAACCCAAACAGGCCGAGAAGACCGGGGUGGUGUACCACAUGGUAGGGGAGGUCGGCCUUCCCAGCACGACCGGCCUGGAGGAACGCGAGAACGCCAUGAAGGACGUAGCGGACGAGGAGGAGGGCCUGCUGCAGUGGGCCGAGACCUUCGUGAUUUUGGAUUCCGAAGAGUGCAUCCCCCGGGCGGGGGCGAACCUGAGGAACAUCGGAAUCCAGCAGUUGGUGACCAGCAUGUUGUGCAGCCAGGGGGGCACGAGGUGGGCCGGGAAGGCGCCUCGCGGGAAGCUCGCCCGCCGGGUGAACAAGCUCAUCCAGGGCACGGGGGAGGAGGAGGAGAAGUGAGGGACCAUAGGCAGUCCGAGGCAGCGCCCUUUCCGUCGAGGUCCCACGCCUCACAGGGGCCGUGACUUUGGGGGGGUUCUUACCGCCCCGUCGCGUCCAGUCGGCUAGGGAGCACCGCGUAUCUCGUUUAAGAUACGGCAGAGACGGAGCAAGUAUAUAAUCCAAGUAAGCAUGCUUCUCCGAUGUCUCGAUCACAAAAAUAACUGAGCCCCGGGGCUGGACGCGCGAUUUGAACCUGCGGGAUUUCGCCCGCCUGCGAGAA